GAAGUUAAAUUCUUCCUAGAAGCAAUUGGGGAGUUUCAAGAGGCACAAGAUACUGAAUUUCCCCAGAAGGUUGUAAAGAAGCACACUGUUUAAGAACAGAACCAGGAGGCCUUUGCAGUGGUGAGAGCCACCUGACCCCACCCGGUGUGCCGGGAAAUGUGGGUCCGUGGGGGUCACAGCACCCACCAGCUCCAGGCUGUGCUGCGAGUCACAGCCCCAGGAGUCUGAGCAGCGUGCACCGGAUACCCACCGUUGGCCUCCUCGGUCCACAAAGCAUUUGCUGCCGAAGCCCGCACUGCGGCCCCUGCCGAUGAGGAUGUGCGCCCCCGUGGAGGGGCUGCUCACUGCCCUUGCGGUGAUGUUUGGGACAGCAGUGGCAUUUGCACCCGUACCGAGGAUCACCUGGGAGCACAGAGAGGUGCAGCUGGCAGAGUUUCACCAGCCCGGCAUCUUCAACUACUCAGCCUUGCUGCUGAGCGAGGACAAGCAAACCCUGUACGUGGGCGCCCGGGAAGCCGUGUUUGCCGUGAACGCCUUCAAUGUCUCCCAGAAGCAGCGCGAGGCAUAUUGGAAGGUCUCAGAAGAUAAAAAAGCAAAAUGCGCAGAAAAGGGGAAAUCAAAACAGACAGAAUGUCUCAACUACAUCCGGGUGCUGCAGCCGCUCGGUGCCACUGCCCUUUACGUGUGUGGGACCAACGCCUUCCAGCCAGCCUGUGACCACCUGAACCUAACGUCCUUUCAAUUUCUGGGGAAAAAUGAAGAUGGCAAAGGAAGGUGUCCCUUUGACCCAGCACAAAGCUACACAUCUGUCAUGGUCGACGGAGAGCUUUAUUCCGGGACGUCAUAUAACUUCUUGGGAAGUGAGCCCAUCAUCUCCCGAAAUUCUUCCCACAGUCCUCUGAGAACGGAGUACGCGAUACCUUGGCUCAAUGAGCCCAGCUUUGUGCAUGCUGACUGGAUUCGAGAGAACCCAGACAGUGCCGAAGGCGAGGACGACAGGAUCUACUUCUUCUUCACAGAGGUGUCUGUGGAAUAUGAGUUUGUCUUCAAGCUGGUGAUCCCCCGGGUAGCACGGGUGUGCAAGGGGGACCAGGGAGGCUUGAGGACCUUACAGAAGAAGUGGACGUCCUUCCUAAAGGCCAGGCUCAUCUGCUCCAGGCCAGACAGCAACCUCGUCUUCAAUGUGCUGAGGGACAUCUUCGUCCUCAGGUCUCCAGGACUAAAGGAGCCUGUGUUCUAUGGGGUCUUCACCCCACAGCUGAACAACGUGGGGCUGUCGGCUGUGUGCGCCUACAACCUGUCCACAGCCGAGGCAGUCUUCUCCCGAGGGAAGUACAUGCAGAGCGCCACAGUGGAGCAGUCCCACACCAAGUGGGUGCGCUACAAUGGGGCCGUGCCCACGCCAAGGCCCGGCGCGUGCAUCAACCGCGAGGCCCGGGCGGCCAACUUCUCCAGCUCCCUCAAUCUGCCAGACAAGACGCUGCAGUUUGUCAAAGACCACCCUCUGAUGGACGACUCCGUGGUCCCCAUCGACAACAGGCCCAGGCUGAUCAAAAGCAAUGUGAACUACACGCAGAUCGUGGUGGACAGAACCCAGGCCUUGGAUGGCACCGUCUAUGACGUCAUGUUUGUCAGCACAGACCGGGGUGCCCUGCACAAAGCCAUCAGCCUUGAGAACGAUGUCCACAUCAUCGAGGAGACACAGCUCUUCCAGGACAUGGAGCCAGUCCAGACCUUGCUGCUAGCUUCCACGCAGGGCAGAAGGUUCGUCUAUGCUGGCUCCAACUCGGGUGUGGUCCAAGCCCCCGUCGCCUUCUGUGGGAAGCACAGUACCUGUGAAGACUGUGUAUUGGCCCGGGACCCCUACUGCGUCUGGAGCCUGGCCACGGCGACCUGCGUGGCCCUGUAUCAGACCAACAGCCCCAGCAGGGGUCUGCUUCAGGACAUGAGCGGGGAUGCGUCCACCUGCCCUGCCUCAUCUCCUAUGCCCUUCCCUCCUCCGGGGUCCUCCUCCCUGUCCUGUCUGGGCCCCGACUCAUCUUCCUCUCCCCGAAGCCCCUGGCUGGGCUCAGGCUCGGGGCCUGACAGCCACCCGAGGGUCAGCUUGCUGCCGCCCUUCCUCAGCGACCAGGCCCAGCACGUGCAUGCCCUGGGGACCUUCCACCUCUUCUGCCAGGCCACAGGUCCUGCGGAUGUUCGCUUUGUCUGGGAGAAGAAUGGGCGCGAAGUGGAGACGUGUGUUCCCGUGCAGACCCACGCACUGCCUGAUGGCAGGGCCCACGUGCUCAGCUGGCUGCGGGACGCCAUCGGUGAGAGCGCGGAGUACCGCUGCUCCGUCCUCUCCUCAGUGGGGAGCCAGGCCUCCCAAGUGAGGAUCACCGUGAUGAGACGAGAAGUGACCCACCAGGAGAAGUGGACCAGAGAGCUCGCCGCCUGGAGGGCUGUGGUUGGGGAGCAUGACCGCAUGAUGCAGGGCUGGAAGAAGGCAUGGGAAAGCUGUAACAAGGACAAUUUUUAGCCCCCAGGAGGCCGGGCUGCCCGGAUGCCACCUGCCACGCCCCCCUGGAGAUGCCCCUUGGCCGUGAGUGGUCACCGCACCUACUCAGAUGCAGCCUGGGGACUGGGCACUGCAGAGCACAGAGCCCUGACUGGACCUCUAUGACAGUGGCUGGAAACUUUUUAAAAAUUAGGUGCUUGCAUGUGACAGAGGGUCUAUCUGGCACAAGCAGGAAACCGAGAUGGGUUAAUGGGCUGCAAACGGAAACUGAUUAAGACAGUGGGGUGUGUGAGAGCUCCUUUCCAGAAGCACCGUUGUUACGCUCCACAGAUGACUGCUCCGCAAUCUGAGUCAUUUCACAUUGUAGGAGUGGGCCACCCCACGGAACAACCAGUGGUGUCAACUAAGCCUGCCGCUUAUCCCCACCUCCCAACUCAGCCACUAAACUCAGGUGCACAGCAAUGGGGGGAAGGUGAGACUCCACAGGAAAAGAAUUGCCUUGAACCUUGAGUGACGCUGGCCCACAGUGGGCGCUGGCACGGCCGUGAGCUCUUUGCGCUUGUCCUCACUCACCUGAGUACGGACUGUUCCGUACAGCUCUGAGUGUGCUACCAUUCACGGCGUUGGCCGUGGGCACCGAGCUUGUCUGAGGCAGAAAAGCCAGCAGGUCGUCGUGCACUCUUCCUGGCGCCUGUCGUUUUCUGCACAGUGGGGUGACCUGAUGAGAGUACUGUCACACCUGCGUCUGAAUCUAGUUAUCAACACUGCAUCCCCAAAGCCUCUGCCACAUGUGCGUACAGGUGAGGCCGGCGGCCCAACACGGCUCAGCCUGUAACUGUACAGACUCGUUCUUCUUGUUUGUAGAAUGAGUUCUUAAUGGAAUGCCUGCCUCUCAUAAAACUGAAACCUCUGUUUAAAAUGAAGCUGAAUUUCUCUUAUGACCCUAGAAAUGAAUGUCUUCUCAGCCUCAUGACCGCGGCCUAUGUCCCGACCCCUCCUCUGAGACCGGUGAGUUUUCUAACAGCCUUCCUAUGGGAACGGCACACAUUUCCUGCCAGUUACUUCCAGGAUCCACUGAAAACAGGGCUUCCUGAGGACGACUGACCUUGGGGUUAGGGUCACCCUGAUGGCUGCCCUCGUUCCCUCUACCCUGCCACCCAGGUGCCGGCGCAUGCUGCCAGAGGACACCGAUCGGCUGCAGACCUUCACACAUCACGACAGACCUUUUGUAAGAUCCAUCAGCUCUCGUGUGUUUCUUGCAUGGGGACAGCUCCAGCUCCUACAGACUCCAAGUGAACUGCUCGAAGGUUUGGGCCCUUUCUUUGAUGCUGUUCUCUGUAUCUAUUAAACUUCCCCUCAAGUCGGGAUAUAGUGAGAGCACUUUCAUGUUUAACAAAACAACUAGAUAACAAGAGUGUACUAUUGGGAAAUGUGCUUAUGAGGAUGCAUUUGGAUUCUUUGCACUGCUGAGAAAAAUAAAGGCAGAGAGUUGUAGGUCUGCUCAGUGAGGUCUGUGCUCGGGAGGCCCCAGCACUGUCUGCUUCCUGCGACGCCAUCAGCACAGUGUCAGUCACCACACCGCUGCCUGUGCAGUGGUGGCCUCUGCCAGGGCAAUGGGGCAUCGAGUCACACGAGAUGUGAGUAUGAUGUGGAAGGCCACCUUCUCUGCUGCAACCUCCUUCACCCUACAUUUGUUGAGCAAACACCAUGGCCAGAGACCUCAGGGGCUCUGAACAGAGGACCUGCGUCGCCAGCAGAGCUUUUGUUAAUGAUCUUUUUUCAUGAUCAUUUUGUCGUUUUUAUGUUUUUAAAUUUAUUUUCCCAUUACAGUUAACUCACUAAUAGAGUGGUACCUCGGGUUUCGAACAUCUCUGUGGACGAGCAUUUCGGUUUGUGAAUGCCGUAAAUUUUAUGGCUCUAUGGUAUCAUUAGAUAGUAAAAUUGAUGCUAAGUUUGCAGUUUUA